ACAAUAGGCAAUAUCGUCAGUCUGAUGAUUCUUAAAGGGACAGACGUGCUAAACAGUGCGAGAUCCUUUAGCAACAAGGAUUGCUUUGCUAGUGUACUUUUUGCAGCAGUUUAUUUCCUAAAAUGUCGCGGGUUUUAAUUGUUGGCGCUGGACUUACGGGCAGUAUAUGUGCUUGUCUGCUGCGGAGGGAACUGCCAAACAAAGUUAAUAUAGUCGUGUGGGAUAAAUCCCGGGGUGCAGGGGGGCGAAUGUCCACAAGUCGAAGCCAAAGCAAUCCUUCAUGCACGGUUGAUCUUGGUGCUCAGUACAUAAGUGCCACACCAUACUAUGCUCGUAUUCACAGCAGUUUUUACGAAGAACUAUUAGCACAGGACAUUUUAAAACCUCUCGUUGCCCCUGUUGAAGGCAUGAUGUUAAAGGAUGAUGGAAUUGUGAACUAUGUGACGCCUAGGGGCGUCUCCUCCAUCGUCAAACACUACCUCAAUAAGUCAGCAGGAGCAGAGGUGCUGUACAACCGACAAGUCACACACAUAUACCGGAAAGAUGCUGGCUGGGAAGUUUGUCCCAAUGAGGGAACGCCAGAGCAGUUUGACAUAGUAGUCCUUACCAUGCCAGUACCACAGAUACUCCAGCUGCAAGGAGACGUAGGAUCUUUGAUGGGGGAGAACCAGCUGAAGGAACUAACGGCUGUCAGUUACUCUUCCCGCUACGCGCUUGGGCUCUUCUACAAAGCCGGCGCUCGGAUCGACGUCCCCUGGGCGGCCAAGUACGUCUCUGAUAAUCCCUGCAUUCGCUUCAUCGCCAUAGAUGAUAAAAAACGCAAUUUGGCAUCAAAGGACUUCGGGCCUUCUGUGGUGGUCCACACCAGCGUUCCCUUUGGCCUCCAGCACCUAGAGGAGGAGAAAGAUGAAGUACAGACUGUCAUCCUGAAAGAGCUGGAGAAGGUGAUGCCAGGGCUUCCUCAACCUGAGAGCAUCAAGUGUCAGAAGUGGCGAUAUUCACAGGUGACAAGAUCGGUGGUGGAUUGCCCCGGGCAAAUGACACUACUCUCCAAACCACUGCUGGUGUGUGGGGGGGAUGGCUUCAUGCACUCAAAUUUCGACGGUUGCAUCGAGUCCGCCCUGAAGGUCUUUGAGGUUCUAAAGUCUUCGCUUUGAAAGGGGGUUGGAAAAGAUCGCCUAUAUUUUGGGUUUUUGUUAUGGAUGCCAGCAUUGAUUUUAGAUUUGAGCCCCUGCACAGGAAGAUUGAUGUACUGCACAGGGCACGGUAAAGCUGUCUCGCCUGUGUCUGCAGACACGCAUUUUGUUACAAAAACCAAUUAUACCGUCUGUGCCGGAUGCUGAGGAUUAGAGGACAAAGAGAACUGCUCAGACUGAUGUCUUAUACACGACCUACAGACGGCACAAUGCAGCAGUCUCCAACCUCAGUCUGAUAAAGUCUAGAAAAUAUUGUGUGUUUUCAAUGUGAUUUGACUCCUGUCAUCAUUAAAAUAAAAAGAACAUGUUUAAA